GCCAAUAUUGCAUGGUUCUCGAUGGCCAUGUCUUAGAAUGACACAAUGUGGGGUGAUGGACUUCUGCAGCCGUUGCAGAUCUAAGCAUACAUAUAUUAGUCACUAAGCACGCAGCAGACCAAUAUCAGCAUGCAGGGUAGUUCUUCAUCCUCUACAAUGAUUCUAGAUCCAGAGUAUUCCAAAUUUCCUUUCACCCGGCCGAACGGCGAUGAGCUACCCGCAGAGUUCCAUCGUCUUCUUCGAGAAUGUCCUGUUUCUCGAGCAGAAUUCUGGGACGGAAGCCAUCCGUGGUUGGUGGUGAAGCAUAAGGACGUGUGUGAUAUGCUCAUCUAUCCUAGACUAUCCAAGGUACAGCCAGGCUCGAAUAUUUGUUCAGUAUACGUAAGAAGUUAACAUUGAUGAAAGUUCGUCAGCGAGAAGGCUUUCCGGAGAUUUCUCCCGGUGGAAAGACCGCUGCGAAAAACCGGCCAACAUUCGUG